AUGCCCCGAAAAGAAAGUAUCAGCAAGCCACAGACCAUCCAAUUAAGCCUCUACCAAACGAAGAUAGAUAAGUUGUCGAUAUUGGGUGUUCGGUCGUUCGAUAAUACGCGCAGCGAGACGAUCCAGUUUCACACGCCGCUUACGUUGAUUGUUGGGUAUAAUGGAUCUGGAAAGACGACAAUCAUCGAGUGUCUUAAAUAUGCGACCACCGGCGAUUUACCACCCAACAGCAAGGGUGGUGCGUUCAUCCACGAUCCGAAGCUAUGUGGCGAGAAGGAAGUCCUGGCCCAGGUGAAACUGUCCUUCAAAGGCACGUCAGGCGCGAAGAUGGUCGCUACGAGGAGUCUACAACUCACGGUGAAGAAAACAACACGGCAACAAAAGACACUAGAGGGUCAGUUGUUGAUGGUCAAAGAUGGUGAGCGGACGUCUAUUUCCUCCCGCGUGGCGGAGCUGGAUCAGAUCAUGCCUCAGUAUCUCGGUGUAUCAAAGGCGAUCCUGGACUCCGUUAUAUUCUGUCAUCAGGACGAGAGCUUGUGGCCAAUGAGUGAACCCUCGGUGCUGAAGAAGAAGUUCGAUGAGAUAUUCGAAGCUAUGAAGUAUACGAAGGCGAUCGACAAUAUCAAGUCUUUACGGAAGAAGCAGAAUGAGGAGCUUGCCAAGUACAAAAUCAUGGAGCAACAUGCCAAAGAGGAUAAGGAGAAGGCCGACCGUGCAGAGAAACGAUCGAUAAAGCUUCAGGACGAAAUUGAAGCUCUGCGCGAAGAAACACACCAGCUCUCUCAGGAAAUGCGCCGGGUGGCUGAACUUGCUGAUAAGGCGUGGAAGGAGUCGGAAAGUUACUCUCAGGUCUUGGGUGCGCUUGAAGGAAAGCGCAUCGAGGCCAAGACGCGUGAAAAGGACAUGCAGCAGGAGAUCUCACACCUCUACGAGAAUGUACACCAACUUGAACUGGCAAACGAGGAGAUCGACGCCUACAACGAGCGAGGCGGCCCUCAUCAACUAGAGCGCAGCAAGCGUGAACUGCAAAGCAUCGAGAACGAGAUCAGCAAUCUCGAAAUCGAGCAAGCCAAUAUCACUAAAGAGAUCAACAAGAUAUCUGCUCAACUCAAGGACAGCGAGAACACCAAGCGCCAAUACGCCGAUAACCUGACAUACCGACAGGCGACCCGAUCUCUCGACGCAGUCACCGAAGAGAUCGAGCAGCUGGCGGCGCAAAACGCCGAAGUCGACCGAAGCCGCUUUAAAGAAGAAUCUGAGCGCAGAGCACGAGAACACAACGCACUCGCCGCUAAACAAGCCAGCAAAAUGGGCGAGAUGAAAGGAAAAGACGACCAACUGAUGCAGCUCCUCGCAGACUGGAAUACCGACUACAAAGACGCAGCAGGCAAAUACAAGGAAGCGCACAUCAAGGUGGAAACAACCAAAGCCGCAGUUGACGACCUAGCACGCUACGGUGGUGCCCUCGACAAAGCCAUCAUGAAAUACCAUGGGCUCAAAAUGGAAGAAAUUAACGCGAUUAUCAGCGAGCUCUGGCAAAAAACCUACCGAGGCACUGACGUCGACACGAUCCUCAUCCGCUCCGACAACGAAAACGCCAAGGGCAACCGCUCCUACAACUACCGCGUCUGCAUGGUCAAACAAGGCGCAGAAAUGGACAUGCGCGGCCGCUGCAGUGCCGGUCAAAAGGUGUUGGCAAGUAUCAUCAUCCGACUCGCUCUUGCGGAGUGCUUCGGUGUCAACUGCGGCCUGAUUGCUCUUGAUGAGCCCACGACGAACCUUGACCGUGAUAAUAUUCGCUCCCUUGCGGAAUCGCUUCAUGACAUCAUUAGGACUAGACAGCAACAGGCCAAUUUCCAGCUUAUUGUCAUUACCCAUGACGAGGAAUUCUUGCGGCAUAUGCAGUGCGGUGACUUUAGUGAUUACUAUUAUCGGGUCUCGAGGAAUGAGAAGCAGAAGUCGAUUAUUGAGAGGCAGUCUAUUGCUGAGGUAUGUUUGCUCUUACUCUCCCACCCCCACCAACCACAGUUCUUUUGCCCUUAA